AUGAGACCUCGUAUACUUGGCAGUCUGUUGAGCAGAUUGGUAAGACCAUUGCAUACCGAUGUUGGAUAUCACCAGCCCAAUUCACAUGGGAGGAAUUUGGUAAUGAGCGUUUUGAAUUCAACGGUAACCAAAAGAGAAGCCAAGGAUUACUUGAACAAGUAUGCUGAUGAAAGCAGUUUGCAUUAUUGUUUAGUGUUUUUGAAACACUUGUCUGAUUAUUCGGAUCCUAUAGUUGAAUCCUUCACCAGAACUAUCGUAAGAAUUCAAAAUUUAGGGUUGCGACCAAUUUUGGUGCUUGAUCCUAAAUGCCGGGACAUUUCAUACCAGAGCCAACGUUUGGACAAUAUCCUACACCAACUCAGUUUGAACUCAAUUAUAGUCUCUGAUCCAAUUACAAUUGAUUCACAAGGAGUGAGUGAAGUUAAUAUACCAGUAUUAAGCCCUCAUAUUAUUCCCAUAAUUGAGCCAUAUCAGUACCACGAAAAGAAAGCAUUAAAACUCUUAACAAAAGAUCCAUCGCAGUUCCUAUCUUCAAUCGUAAAAAAAUUAACAGUCAACAUCGAUAAAAUAUUCUUAAUAAGCAAAUACGGCGGAUUACCAUCUGCUGAAAGAGAUACCAAUAGUCAUGUGUUUGUAAACUUAUCUCAAGAGUACACCGAACUAAAGCGCAACUAUGAGAAGCAAUUCGAAAAUUUUAAAGUAUUGGAUAAAGACUUAGAUGAGAAAACUUUGGUUCAGUCUCUGGAACUACAUCUUAACAAGAAUAAAAUCCUUAGCGAUAACGACCAGCUUUUGAGCCACAUGGAAGAUUUGGAAAUUAUGAAUAAUACUCUAUCAGUUUUACCCCACUCGUCAACAGGACUAAUUACUACAUUAAAUGCCGCUUCAAAGCAUUCGGACAACAAUCCAUUGGUAUAUAAUAUCCUAACUGAUCGCUCAUUGAUCUCUUCCUCUUUACCCCGAUUCAAAAGAACGAACACUGAUAUCUCUAGAAGUUGGUACGAAUUACCACCAUCAACAGGUGAUGAAGAAAUAGUAACUACAAAAAAUGACUCGAUUCUAGUUACUACCGUGUUAAAAAAGGGGAUAGAUGUACAAAUUCUGGACUAUCGGACUUUGACUCCGGAAAACUCAAUUGGGCUUCCUGAUUCUCUGGUUAACUCUGAAGUAAAAACUGAUCAAAUAGAAAUUGGACCGAAGGUUAAUCUUUUGAAAUUAAAGGAAAUUAUAGAUCUUAGCUUUAAAAGGUCUUUAGAUCUAGAACACUACUUAAAAAGAAUCAAUGGAAAUAUCGCUAGUAUUAUAGUGAUUGGUGACUAUGAUGGGAUUGCCAUAUUGACUUAUGAAGGCCCCAAGGGAAAUAAGUUUGUUUACUUAGAUAAGUUCGGAGUUACGCCAAAACUCAAAGGAUCCCUUGGGAUAUCUGAUAUUAUUUUUAAUCUAAUGUUCCGCAAAUAUCCCAAAGAAUUAAUAUGGAGAUCCAGAAGCAAUAAUGUCGUGAAUAAAUGGUAUUUUCAAAGAAGUACUGGUGUACUUCCUUUGUCUUUAAAAUUGGAAAGCGGAGAUCAAAAGGAGAGCAUAUUUAAACUAUUUUAUUACGGAAGCCCUGAUAUUGAAUCUUUCCAUAAUUUGGAACGCCUCCGAUGCUACGCAAAAUACGUUAGAGAUAUUAAACCUAGUUGGCAUAAAUGA